AUGCAUGUGGGCGUGUUCCACACAGCCUCUCUGGUGUACCCAUUGGACGAUGAGCCUCCCGUCUUGACCACCUUCUCCAGCUGCCUGAGACCCCAAGCCUGCUGGGCUCCUGCUGAGGCGGCCAGGUUGAUUGUCAUGCACCCAGAUGGCAAUAGCAUGCAGCUGGUGGUCAGCACCUAUGAGCUAAGGGCCAAGAAGUCCAAGCAAGAAGUGGAGAUUGUGGACAGCGUAAAGCCUCCAAACCUCAUGAGGAGCCAUGGCUCGCAGGUGCUCCUGCUGGUCUCGGGACUGCAGCUGGUGCUGUUCAGCAUCCACGGCCUGCAGCUGGCAGCCUUCCAGGACCACCAGAGGCCCAUCACGUCCGUGUGGGUGCAUGAGUAUCGUAGGCAUAGAAGCCAGAAGCGUUGGAACGAGUGUUCUGAGGUCAUUCUGCUUCAAAGUGGAGCGUGGCUGAGAGGACUGCACCAUAUCCAAGAUAUUUUCACUUUGGCAGCCUGUGCUGAGGGGAACCUCUACGCUCUGAUGCUGCCUCAGCUGCAGCUGGUCUCCAGAGUGACUGCAUUUCCCAAUGUUCCCGUGCAGCUCCUGUCUUCUCCUGACUGCCAGUGGGUGUUUGCGUCAAGUCAGAAUUCAGACCUUGAGCCGAAGGUGUUCCACACAGCCUCUCUGGUGUACCCAUUGGACGAUGAGCCUCCCGUCUUGACCACCUUCUCCAGCUGCCUGAGACCCCAAGCCUGCUGGGCUCCUGCUGAGGCGGCCAGGUUGAUUGUCAUGCACCCAGAUGGCAAUAGCAUGCAGCUGGUGGUCAGCACCUAUGAGCUAAGGGCCAAGAAGUCCAAGCAAGAAGUGGAGAUUGUGGUACAACAGAUUGCCAGCUUCCUGUUGCCAGACAGCGUAAAGCCUCCAAACCUCAUGAGGAGCCAUGGCUCGCAGGUGCUCCUGCUGGUCUCGGGACUGCAGCUGGUGCUGUUCAGCAUCCACGGCCUGCAGCUGGCAGCCUUCCAGGACCACCAGAGGCCCAUCACGUCCGUGUGGGUGGACCCAAGCCGAGUAAUCACCUCAUCGCUUGAUCUCUCUUUGCGUGUCUAUGUGUGGAAGAAGGAGAACAAGUUCCCGGUCCUCAAGAGCUGCUAUCACUUGCUUGGGGGAUCUCACCGAUGGGCCAGUGGGUACAUGCAUGUGGAAAGUGACAGCAUGAGUAUCGUAGGCAUAGAAGCCAGAAGCGUUGGAACGAGUGUUCUGAGGUCAUUCUGCUUCAAAGUGGAGCGUGGCUGAGAGGACUGCACCAUAUCCAAGAUAUUUUCACUUUGGUAAAAGGGCUUGUAGAGAUACAAAGACUGAAUGGGUUAUGUCAUGGGUAUUGGGAAAGGAAUGAGAAAUGCCUAGAUGUCGACACUGUCCCAGGCACCGGCAAUGGCUUUGCUCUUGAAUUCUGUCAGCAAGCCAGUGAAACAGGUGCUAUUGUUCCUGCUUUUUACACAAGGAACACAGAAUGAGAGAAGGAGCCUGUUAGUAGCCCAUCUUGGAGCUGCUGAGCAUCUUGCACAAGACCAUAGAGACAGUAAGAGACAGAGAAUGGGUAACUUAAGUGUGUGGGUACUGACAAGUGCACAUUGAAUGUACUGGGAUUAUGAUGUGUUGUUGUUGUUGUUGUCCAAUUCUGUAGUUAAAUACAUAUUUUU